UGACGUUGGCCGCCCGUGCGCAACGUGUUCUUAUCCAUUGUUUUCAUUUCGGGGGGGGCUGCCACCACAUAGUUUUUGUUUAUUUUCGAUUCCGCGCUCGCAUCGUGUGAAAGUGCAGCUUGGCUAGACUUUUUUCUACGGUCUGCGGUCCCUAAUAGUUGUAAUUUGCACUAAUUACGGCGGCGAUGAACGAUUUCGGGCAGUUCGCUAGGGCGCAGGGGCCCAAGUUGGUGCCAUUUUUGGUGACCCUAGUCCUGUAUUUCUCGCUGGUCAGGAAGGAUCCCCAAGGCGAGCUAUGGACCACAGUGCUCAAAUGUCUACCCAUAGUGGCUCUGAUGUUCUAUGUGGUGGCCAAAGGAAUUUCGCUCAAAAAGGGAUAUCGUCGCUCGCUGUGGAUACUUUUGGGGCUGGUCUUUUCCUGCGGUGGUGAUGCCCUGCUCAAUAUAAAUCUUUUUCCCUUUGGAAUGAUUUCCUUUGGAGUGGCGCACGUGUUUUAUAUAAGCGCCUUUGGAUGGAAGCCAGUAAAGUGGUUCAUUGGAUCGGUUCUCUAUGUGGCCGUCACGCUUUUUGUGUACUUUGUUCACAAGAACCUGGACGAGAUUCUCAUCGUCGGAGUGCCGAUCUACUGCUACCUGAUAACCACAAUGCUCUGGAGAUCCCUGGCCCGUGCUGUGGAUUCCAGGACCUUUCUCGCCGUUUUCUGCGCCGUCGGAGCCAUUCUAUUCGUGAUCUCCGACGCCCUGAUCGCGGUCACCAUGUUCGUGGGCGUGCCCCUGCCCUGCGCCCGCCUCCAGAUCAUGGUUACCUACUAUGCCGCCCAGUUUGCCAUUGCGCUGAGCACCGCCGACGACGUUCCUGCGCCCCAGCGAUCCCUUCGCAAGAAAAUCAAGUGAGGGCAGUGCCGAAUGCUCAUCUAUUGGGAACCCAUAGACAACAUGAACGCAACCACCAAACUUAGUACUUCCAAACCGUCUAGAGUAAUGCCAUUUACGUGUGUUUGUUUCCCCAUCCCAGUAGCAUAGUGUAACCAAAUAUUUGUUCCGUUUUUUUGGUGGAUGUGGAAACGGAUCUUAGUAGAGUUUAUUAGAUGUUUGUUGACUUCAAAAGUAAUAAAUCUAUUUAAAUUCA